UCUUCAGUUUUCGCGCCCCGGAGGGUCGAAGUAUUGUCGUUUCGACUACCCUUCCCCUCCGCGUUCAACAUGACUGCUGCCCUCAAUGUACCCUCAGAAGAAGAAGACUCGGUAACUCCUCGACUGCAACUAUCCUUUCUAAAACCUCGACGAGACGCUACUACCAUUGAAGAGUCUUCCCCAUGCAGUACAUGUUGCACUACUCCUCCAACAUCACCUAUGAGAGUAGUCAGUGAUGCCGCCCUCACGGCCUUUGAUACUUCCUACCAGCUCGGGUCUACCAUAGCGGCAGGAGCGUACGGGCAGGUUUGUCGCUCAAUAUGUCGACAAACUGGAAGACCCGUCGCGUUGAAGAUUAUCGAGAAGCCCCCGUAUGAGACGAUCCCCCCUUGUAUCUCGGAUAUGGCAGGGCACGGCCCAGAAGAGGCGGAAACUAUGGAACUUAUUGCGAAUCUUGACAUUGAUGGUGUGCCCAAGAUCCUCGACGUUUUUGAGGACUGUGAUGCGACCUAUAUCGUAUCCGAACUUGGUGGUUUAGAUCUUUACGAGUGGCUCCGACGGCGAUCUACAGUUCGGGAAGAUGCCACUAUUCUGUCUGUCAUCAUGCAAUUAUUGACGAUUUUAGAUUCUCUUCAUGGUUGGGGUAUUUCCCAUAAUGAUAUCAAGUUGGAGAACAUUCUUCUCAACGACUCUGGUGACGUGCAUUUAGUUGAUUUCGGAAGCGCAGUUGUUUGCGCUUGCACCCACCACGCCGGUUUGAGGCGUCAGGUUUUACAGCGCGAUCAGCAUGAUAAUGAUGAUGAUUGCUUUGUCGGAGAAUGUUCCGACGCUGUGUUUUCUGAACGUUGUGAAGAUGAUUUUCUUGCUUGCGCUGUCGUGAUGUACCAACUUUUCACUGGCAGUCCGCUUGCGUCUAUUGAGAGACGCGAGUCGUCGACGCCUAAGAAGAAGGCGGCAUUAAGAAGAGUCUCGAAAGGAGAACUCCUUUCUGCUGAGGAGGUUCGAGGCUUGUUCGAGCAAAUCGAUUAAGAAGUAUCCUUAGGUUGAGCGUGCAAGAUACAAACUAGGUCCGUUUAUGACUAACAUUUCCGUUUCUGAUCUUCUGAACAUCUACUAUUUACCUCUUCUUGUUAUCAACUGCUAUAUAACUUCCGUUUUUCGGGCACCUCGCGAUUUCUGGUGAAUCCCCAUGCAUCCGGUUGACACCGUUUGUAGCAUGGUUCUGAUGGCGAUACACUCUCCAGCCUUGAUUUGACAAUAAGGAGGUUGUCGUUACUAGCGAUGCUGAAUGUGCUGAUUUAGGGAUGCUACCCGAGGGCGAUUUUAACCCUUAGAACGGUAGGUUGCAGUUUUUAUGUCGUCGUACUGCGAAAGCGACAAUUGUUGUUGCUGCUAUUAUUGAUGGUCGAAUUAGCAGUAUUAUCGAUACCAACACUAUUAGUUUAGGAUUUCGACUACCUUGCCUGUCAUUACCAUUAGUACUAGUAUUUCUAGUACUACUAACACGUGGCCACUACGAGUAUUUUAAGUGCGUUACACGAAUACUCGUACUGGUAAAAUAUGGUUAUCACUUCUAGUCUUGCUUUUGCCGCUGCUCUCAUCUAUCUAUCGUACCAUUGAAUCCCCCACCACUAUCGAGUCUAUUAACAACUACUACGGAUAACCACUUUUUCUCGA